AUGAUGAGAGGUAGCUUGAUGGGGUUGGAAGAGGAGAGUGGUGCUCGUGGUAGGAAUAAGCGUAGCCACGUGCCGUUUUGUGGGUUGAUGGUGAUGUCUUUGGUGAGAACAGGGAUGGGAAGCGAGGGGUCUGAAGAGGGUGGGGUGCAUGGAACGGCUUUGUUGUGGCGAGUGAAGGUGCCGUCGGGGUUGCGGAAGAUUUGGAGGUGGUGGUAG